AUGCCCACAGAAUACGGCGACGGGACCGUGGCUGAGCUCGAAUGGCUCCCGCCGAAACAAGAAUAUAUUGCCAACCUGCGCUCAGUCCCACCUCCAGCGGACGAGCCGAGGUGUGCUAUAUGUCGUGGUGAGUGGGAGUAUCCGGUCCAGGAAGUCGUCGAGCCAAGCCCUCACUGCUCUCGACAUCCUUUUCACAAAGACUGUCUUCUCAUAACCUUUGCAACGGAAGACGGAGAGGAGGUCAGCAAUCUGUGUCCAUUUUGUCGUCGUGAGCUCUUCGAGAAGAUUCCAAAGCCGCUUGUGGACCCCCCGAAUAACUCGAACAGUACCUACCAGCAAACAAUCCAACUCUAUGACAGCCUUGUAGUACUUCACAGCCAGAUUGGAUACAACGAUUACAAGACCGAAGAUCCACAGCUGCUGUAUCCUUCUGGCCCGACUAUUGAGGACGCCCUGCAGAAAGACGGUUUCUGGUCUGCUCUUCCCCGUUUCUUGGACGAAUGUUACUAUCGCAAUGCAUCUCAGAUUAUCGAGCAGACAAAAACCUAUAAAGAACCACCGUCUCGCAAGAUUACAGGUCUCACAGACGAAGGUCGCGCAGCUAUCAUGGCGCUGUUUGCGCACGAAACCGACAAGUCAGAGCUGUACCUAAAGGCUACAGAGCUACAAGAUCGCCUACAAGGCGAAAUUGUGAUGCAAUGUAUUCGCGCCGCCCUCAUGUACUACGACCAGUCCGCCUUCCCUCAGCACGUCGAACAUCUGCAGCGCGAAACACGUUGGCUUAUCGCCUACCAUGUCCUUACUUCUCUAUUAACAGCACAUAAACGCGCUGAUGGGAACUUCUGGUAUCAAGGAAUGGGCGUCAACCGCUGGAUGCAGUUGAUCCGUUUUCGUAAGAUGCUACACCAAGAAAUCAUUCAAUGGGCGUCACUGACCUUCUUCGCCACACUGCCCCCACUCGAGGUAACCUUCCAUUACGGCUCCCUUGUUGGUGCUGCCGAGGGAUUCGGCGAGCAUGACUUAUUGGAGAUACAGUUUUUCCCGCCUCACGAUGCGGAGCCGUAUCACAUUCAUACUGGACCCAUCAGUCGUGAUCAUACGCUGAGCAUGGAGAGUUCCUCGGUAUGUCCUUUAGCUCCCAAUCUCAAGAACAUUACUAUCUUUCAAUUUGUGAAGGGCGGAACUUUGAAAAUUCGGGAAUUAAGUCAUGCCUUCCUCUACGACGUUUCUCGUAACCCCGAGGAAGGUUUUCUCGAUUUCAUUAAUGAGAGUGGGGGUAUGCUGAGGAUCACGCGCCGGUCUAUGGAGGAGGGCCAGUAA